AUGGCUUCUUCUGAUCUUCCUCCUGAUACUUCACGACUCCAUCCCACAGAGAAUCCUAUUUUUACUGUCAAAUUCACAUGGAAAGACUGGCAAGGCAAGAUCUUCGAUACGAAAAAUCCUGCCUCAGAACCCAUCUACAUCAUUGACUUCCCGUUCAAGUUCGCGUCCAAAAAAGCAGCCUCAAUGAUCUUCAAAAAUGUCUCCACUGAGGACGUCGUGGGAAGCGGCAAGCUGAAUUUGGUUUCCAUCAAUCCCGGCUACAAAUGUCAUGGUCAGGAGGGUCAACUCCUGGCUCAGAAACGUUUCAGCACGCUGUAUACCUACCGCUCGCUCAAUUUCUCUACAAACAACACGCCCGUCACAAUGACUUGGUCCAGUAACCUUGCGUUCAAGACUUGGGACUUUGUCUGUGUCGAUGAACAGCAGAAUGCUGUGGCCAAGUUCUCUGGGAAUGCAUGGGGUGUCACGAAUAUUGGUAAAAUCGAGUUCGAUGGGCCCAAGAAACAUGAUCGAGCGGCGCAGGAGGAGCUCAUGGUCACGGGUAUCACGCUGUUCUAUUGCAUGAUGGUCCGAUGCAAUAAUGUUUUCAAUCUCUUUGGCGCUAUCUUUUCGCGUCCUGGUCACAAGGAGCACAUUGAUCCUCAACCCAGGGCUAUGACUGGCGAGGGAGCCACGGAACGCCCGUGA